AUGCUGAAACAGAUACUAGCGGAGAUGUACAUAGAUCCUGAUCUAUUGGCAGAGCUCAGUGAAGAACAGAAACAGAUCCUGUUCUUCAAGAUGAGGGAGGAACAGAUCCGACGAUGGAAAGAAAGAGAAGCAGCCAUGGAAAAAAAGGAGUCCCUGCCAGUGAAAUCCAGACCAAAGAAAGAGAAUGGCAAAUCAGUCCAUUGGAAGCUGGGAGCCGACAAGGAAGUCUGGGUCUGGGUGAUGGGUGAGCACCACCUGGAUAAACCCUACGACAUGCUCUGUGAUGAAAUCAUCGCGGAGAGGAACCGGCUGAAGGCAGUGCCCAAAACAGAGGAGCUCAGAAAAAUCCCCUCUGAAGACUUCACCGAUAGCCUGAAAACAAAAUCACAGUACUAUGAUCUGCAUGCACCAAAUAAUCAGGAGACUUGGAACAUCUGUAAGGAAACAGCAGGAGAGGAGGAAGUGGGACAAGUGUCAAGACGAGCACCAGCCCCCGAAGAACGGAAAAUCCAGUCAUCCUGCAGUUCUUCAAGAAAUAUUGAACAAAUGUUGGCAGACUCUAUCAGUCGUAUGAAGGCAUAUGGAUUUCACCAGAAGGAAGAAUCUGUGAAGAAAAAACAAGAUGAAGAAAUGAAACAAAUAGAUGAAGAGAGAACCAAGCAGAUUUAUAAAAACUGGAAAGAGGAUUCAGAGUGGCAGGCAUCUUUGCGAAAAUCCAAAGCUGCUGAUGAGAAGAGGCGCUCCUUGGCUAAACAAGCACGAGAAGACUACAAGAGGCUGUCCCUGGGUGCCCAGAGAGGGAGAAGCGGGGAACCCCUGACUGUUCCGCAGAAAUCGAAAAGACCUCCCCUUCCACCCAAGCCUCAAUUCCUAAGCCCCGCGAGACAUCCUCAGAAACCUCUUAGAAAUCAGGGAGUGUCGAGGAUGGCAUCCACCUAUGCCCAGGAAGACAUCAUCCGCUGGUUUAAGGAGGAGCAGGUGCCACUCCGAGCAGGUUACCAGAAGACCUGCGACACCAUAGCUCCCUGGUUCCAUGGAAUUCUCACACUAAAGAGAGCAAAUGAACUCCUGAGCAUGACAGGCGUGCCGGGCAGUUUUCUGAUCCGAGUCAGUGAAAGGAUGAGAGGCUAUGCCUUGUCCUAUCUGUCGGAGGAAGGCUGCAAACAUUUCCUAAUCGAUGCUUCUGCAGACUCAUACAGCUUCCUGGGCGUGGACCAGCUGCAGCACGCCACCCUGGCAGAUUUGGUGGAAUAUCACAAGGAGGAGCCCAUAACAUCCCUGGGGAAAGAGCUCCUUCUCUAUCCCUGUGGUCAGCAGGACGACAUGCCUGAUUACCUGGAGCUCUUUGAGUGACUGUCUCCAUCUGGGUCAUCCUCCAGCCUCUGGCUGAGCUAUCCUCUGGACAAACAGUGCUGAAAUGGACAUUUGUGUGUGAAGCCAAAAUCCCCCUGCAGCAGAGCCAGUGCUGAUCAAGCAAAA